AUGUUUAGUGUGACUGAGUGGCGAGAGAUCGGGGAUUUCCUUUGGGAUGCGACCCUUAGUGGCAGCAAGUCGGCCAAGGACUUGGGAACAACCUGGCGGGAGGUCAUGAACCAUUUACGAUCAAUGGUUGCAGAGAAAAAGAUGGCUAUGGCUGCUUCAGACCUCCUCGGUCGGGAAACCGAGUCGAUGGAAUCUAUCCGAUUAUUUGGUCAAGGCGUUCCAUCUGCGAAAGGCAUAAUUGUGCCUAUUAAAAAAUCUGCGACAGAGCUAUUACACCCGACACCGUCUCCAGAGGGUGCCACCGCAACGGGUGCUCUGCGCCGCCCUGACAGCUACCGAGAGCCGCCCCCCGUGCUAGAUGAGGACGAGGGUACUAGGGCGGGUCCGAGCGCGCCUCUGAAUGAGAGCGCAGAGUCCGAUAAAGAAAAUGAGCCCACCCCAGCUGCCCCGAUGCCCCGUCCCCGAACAAAACCGUCCGACCGGACUCUAAACCGCUUGCUGCAGCAACUGAACGAAUGCCAUCUGCCUACUGCCGGUCGUGAUGUUCAAGUCCUGACCGAGGAAGGCGUUAUCCUCCACCCUGCCGCUCCCCAAAGUCGUUGGUCUGUGGUUGUAAGGGACGCUAUAUUGGAGGGAGAGUGGCAGGCUGCUUCUGCUGUUGCUUGUCCGGUGCAAACUACUGCUUUACCUGCUGGUUCAGCGGCCGCUGUGUGGAAACCUUUUGAUUUUUUUUUUUGUUUUAUGCAGCUGCGACAAACUGUUACACAGUAUGGUUUACAAUCAGAACCAGCCAAGCACCUGCUGAAUUAUUUGUUUGACUCUGAAAUCAUGACACCCAGUGACUGUACUUCGCUAGCCAGAUUGCUUCUUACACCAGCACAGUUCCCCGCGCCCCGCCAGCGUGCCGUGCCGUGCCGUGCCGUGCCCCGCAGCUCCCCCCGCUCGCCCGCCCACCCACCGCCACGGAUCCCCCCAGCUGCUGGCGAAAAGCGGAGUCCAGAGUUCGGUGUGGAGCUGCAGAUCGCACCCCCGCCGGUGAUAAAGGACCUAUAUGGGUCCCUAGCAAGUUUGUGCGACCUGUAUGUCAAGAUCAGAAGACGGAAGAGAAGACUCAGAGCGAGCAGACGGAAUAAACUGUCUAUGUUGUAA